CCAACUUGGCACUUCAAAAUAAGAAAAAAAUGAAGUCAUCUAUAAUUUGGACGAUUGUGUUUCUUUUGCUAUUUAUUCAGUUGAUCAACAGUGAACAGGAUCUAACAUUCUCAAACUUUGUGGACAAAUUUAAUAAAAAAGCGGCCAAAAAAGGUUUCAAUAUGGGAUCAAGGUUACUGUUCAUAGUCCAAAUUUCAAACACCGUUGACAAGCUCAAAAAGAAACUUGAAGCUCCACGAAAAGAGUUUAUGAAUAGCAAAAAACUGAGAGAUCUUUUAAGAAGAAUUCCAAAUGACUUAACAGUUAACGUGUUUGAGCCGGCUGAGAUAAAUGCUAGAGGUUUUAUUGAACAUUCUGUUACUUCCAUUAAUAAUAGCCAGAUAGUUGACAUUCCAAAUGCCGGCAAAGAAGUUUGUUCUGAAAUUGCAGUUAAGCCACCCAUUUUCUACGACAAAGUUUUUGACAAUUGGUUCAAGGUAUGGGAUCACGAUCCCAUUAACGCGGAACAUGUAAGAGAAGUCGAAAAAGAACUGAAAGAUAUGACAAUCAUAUAUGAAAGUCUGUUGAAUAGAUUUAACGAAAUAAUGAAGUCAGUGGAAGCAGCAGAGGCAGGCAUUCAAUAUUAUUGGAAAUUUAUUAAUAGAGAAUUUGAUCGUCUUCUAAAACUUGAUCGAAAACAACCUGACGCUGCCAAGGCAAAAGAAAUUAUGGUUGCUCUACAGCCCCUUUUGGAAAAAAUAUUUCAACAACAACAGCUACUAAUUCAACAUCUUGGUGGGGUGAAAUGUGUUCUAGGAGAUUACAACGAGAAUCGCAUUAGAUGGGUAGAAUUUUUAAUGUCGAUGAGGGAGUCGCUUACAGCUGAUCGUAGAACAUCAGUCCAUAUGGAACGUAUCAUAGCUUUUUUCGCUAACCUACUUUGCGGCCACAGCGAUUUUUGAAAUGUACGUUUGAAAUUUAAAAUUAUUUUUGAACGUCUACCACCUGUUUCUAGGUGCACUUGUGUCUGUUGCUAUACGUUGAAAAUAUUAUUCAUGUGUUUUGUUUAUUUUUGAAAUUGAAUAAAAUCAUUUAAUGAUACCAUGAUCAUAAGUUACUCAA